CGAACAACAUACGCGACGCUAUAAAAAGAUUGCCUGACUCAUCGAUAAAGCAAAACUACAAUGAACUUGACUUCGCGACUGCAUGAGAUUGUAAAGUCAACCAAUGAUGCGUAUUUUGUGCGCGCCCAGAGAUUAAAGGAAGUUGUGCCAGAGUGCAAUGCACUGUUGACUCAUCGCAGUAUAGGCACAGCGGAUAAAUUCUUUCGCAUGGCUCAGCCACGCCUAAGCCUGACACCUUUGUAGACUAUGAGUGCGCAGGAUUAUUAAACUUAACAUGACGACAAUGCUGCGCUUGCUGCAAAUCUGGCUCAAACGUUAUCCCGCCAUCUUGAGCCCCUUAAUGCUCAAGAACUUUCUGCUCUUGCUGGCCGAGACAAAUCCACGCAAGUAUAGCUACACAUUUACGCUCAUGUGGCAAAAGCUCUUGGAACACUUGAAGGCGCGUAAGCUGCCACACUACUUGGCGCCUGGUAGCAACUACCUGGAGCGUUACUCCGAGCAGCAGUUGGAAAAUUGUUCGAAAACUGUGCAACGCUUCUAUGACGAACUUAUAAAACUCGAAUCGUUGGCUUACGUCACUCCAGCCAAAGUUAACGCUUUGUUUUUUUAAACUAACUAACGAUCAAAUGAUAACUCACUGAUAAGACUCACUGAUAAGCUCACGAUAUUCACUGAUAAUCUAUCAAAUAAAAACAAUAGCUAUUUCAUAUAACAACAUGG